AUGGGAAGUCCAAAUAAAAGUAGUACCCCUUCUCAAGAGGGGCUUUUGCUUAGAAUGGGCCUCAAUGAUAACAAAGCUGGAAUGCAAGGAUUGGAUAAAGAGAAGAUCAACAAAGUCAUAAUGGAAGCUUCCAAGGGUUCUAAAUUUUAUGAACAUGAACUCAAGAAGGAUCAACAAGUUAAUAAACGAAUUGAAAAAAUCCUGAAGCUAAAAAGUAAAAUUACAGACCAACAGAUUAUGAAAGCACAACUGCAGAUGGAUAAACUUGCCAUAGAACUGGAGCAGAGCCGUGAUCUCAGCUGCACUACCGUACACAUUGACAUGGAUGCCUUUUAUGCAGCAGUAGAAAUGAGAGACAAUCCUGAACUAAGGGACAAACCUAUAGCAGUGGGAUCAUUGAGUAUGUUGUCCACUUCAAAUUAUCAUGCUAGGAGGUUUGGGGUCCGUGCAGCCAUGCCUGGAUUUAUUGCUAAGAAACUCUGUCCACAUCUUACAAUAGUGCCAUUAAAUUUUAAGAAAUAUCAAGAAGUAAGUAAAGAGGUUAGGGAAAUACUAGCUGAAUAUGAUCCUCACUUUAUGCCCAUGGGUCUUGAUGAAGCAUACUUGAACAUAACAGAGUACUUAGAAGGAAGAAAGAAUUGGCCUGAAGACAAAAGAAAAUAUUUCAUCAAACCACACAGCUUUGCUGUAAAUGGCAAUCCAGUUACAUGUGACAAGUCACAGUGGAGCAGGGAUGCACACACUUCUUCACCAGUCUUGUUUGAUGAUGAUCCAGUGCAUAAGCAGACUGUGGAUCUUUCUGUGCUGCACCCAGAUGACCACCAGCAAUCAACAAGUCAAAUAAAUUCCGUUGUUUUUGGGAUAUCAGCAGAAGAAGUUGUGAAGGAAAUUCGCUUUAGGAUUGAAGAAAGAACAGGGCUGACGGCCAGUGCUGGCAUUGCUCCAAAUACGAUGUUGGCAAAAAUGUCCAGUGAUCAAAAUAAGCCUAAUGGUCAGUUCAGUAUCCCCCCCGAAAGGGAAGCUGUGAUGAAGUUCAUCAAAGAUUCACCCAUUAGAAAGGUGCCCGGCAUAGGAAAAGUAACAGAAAAAAUGCUUAAAGCGCUGGGAAUUGUGACUUGUAUGGACCUUUACCAGCAGAGGGCAUUAAUUUCUCUUCUCUUUUCUGAAACAUCGUGGCGCAGUUUUCUGGAAAUAUCACUUGGUUUGGGUUCCACACACUUGGAAAGGGAUGGAGAAAGAAAAAGUAUGAGCACCGAAAGGACAUUUAAUGAAAUAAGUGCUGCAGAACAGUACAGGUUGUGUCAAGACCUUUGCAGCGACCUUGCUGAGGAUUUGCAAAGGGAAGGACUUAAAGCUAGAACUGUUACUUUAAAAUUGAAGAAUGUAAACUUUGAAGUGAAAACAAGAGCUAGUACAGUACUAUCGGCAGUUUCUACUGGAGAAGAAAUAUUUGCUGUUGCUAAAGAAUUACUGAAAAUAGAAAUGGAAGGUGUGGCCCCACAGACUUUACACCUCAGAUUGAUGGGUGUACGAGUAUCCGGUUUUCUAAAUGAAGAGGAAAAGAAAUAUCAACAAAAGAGCAUUGUUCAUUUCUUAGAGCCAGGAAAACAAGACUCUAGUUCUAGGCUUUCGCCAAGGAAAUCUGGUGAGGAAAUUUUUCCUAAAGCAUCUGAAAGAGAAAGUUUCUUCAAUAAAAAGCGAGCUACAAUACAGCAGGCUAAUAAAGAAACUUCUAUAAAUGAGUCUUCAAGCAAACAGAGUCCACAGGAUGUAAAGUCAGCAACAUCAAUUGAACAACCGAAAGAUAAUGACCAUCAGAUCUUCAUUUGUCCUGUUUGCUUCAAAGAGCAUCGAGAUAGCAGUUUAGAAGCAUUUAACAGGCACAUUGACAGUUGUCUCAGUGAAACAGUGGAAAAAGAUAAUGCAGAAAUUACAAAUGGCAGCAAAUUAUGGGAGAACAAGACUGAUUUGUCUCUGGAAAGCCAAACAAACAAAUGUCAGAAAGAUAAAACAAGUGAGCCACAUGUAGAAGUACAGCGAACAGAUAAAGUCAACAACUCUUUCAGUAGCAGCAUAGAUGGCUUCCCUCAGCUGAAAGACAAUAAGUACAGUAGUCAAAGUAGAUAUAACUGUCCUGAUGACUUUAUAUUUGGUAUGCCAACACAACAAGGUGUUUCUUCUAAAUUAUUAUCAGUGGGAAAAGAAGAAAAUUAUGAGCAGUCCAGCCGUACAGAAAUCAAAUUGCCACGUUUUUCCACCACUACUGAAACCAAGUCUUUAGUUUGUCCAGUCUGCAACCUAGAACAGAAUACAAAGGAUCUUGCAUUGUUUAACAAACAUGUGGAUGUUUGUUUAAAUAAAGGCAUUAUCAAGGAGCUGACAGAAAGUUCAAAAAGCAUGGGAAACUUGGACAGAGAACAAUAUGGUACAAAUUCCACAACAGGAACAAAACGGUCUGGAACAAUGGCUCCCCAGUCCACAUCCAAGAAAGCCAAGUCAAACAAUUCUAAAUGUACUAUAGAAACAUUUUUUAGAUGA